GCAAGAUGGCCAGAGACUAAUGUACAAUCAUGAGCGUCAUAUCGAUGGAUAAUAAUGGAUAACCUUCAAAAUAUAAGCGUGCUUGCGCAUGAGUUAUCGGAUCUCGAAUUGGCCCUGCUCAUUUGUUUGGGCGGGCGGGAGCACUGUUUGAUUGAAGCUACUGAGGGCAACAUCCAUGACGUCGCGGCAGAGCUUGCCUUGAUCUGCUCCCAUACGUAUGGUCUCAGAUACGCGGUUGUGGAGUUCUCUGGUACAACUUCUCUCGAGGAUUUUCACGAUCAAGUUUGUACCCACUCGCGCAGCGAGCCAGGAACUGUAGCGGAUGUCGUUAUCGCUAAGAACUUCGACUAUGCGUCCGAGCGUAUACAACUCGAGGCCGUGGAGUUAAUGCGGUCGAGAAAGCUUACCACGUCCAGCGGCGUUCGUGAAGCCCCAACGCACUUCCUGUUUGUUCCCGUUAUAGUCCACGACUUAUCGCAGGUGCGGCCGAAACUCAACGUUCACUUAGUGAGUCUCCUCUGGCAGCUUGUUAUGCUGUCUAACGCGCCCAGAACGACACUCUCUUCAUAUCCCACUUUCACGACUCUGAAGGCGGCUCUUAGAAGCACUCCACGACGCGAGCAAAACGGUUACUACAACCGCAGAGCUUGUUCAGUACCAACAAGACAUUGUGGUCUUUCUCCGCCUGAGCCGCGCUGUCGCAGGCGGUAUAUCUGCGCGAUCCAGCAUUCAGUUCGCAAAACUAGCAAAACUGCUCGCUGUUAUUCACGGCAUUGACUACGUCACGCCAUCGAUCGUAGCGCUGGCCGCUAACAAGGUCUUUCGUCAUCGUAUCGUGGUGGCACAGCCCGAGGAUGAUCGCAGCUUGCAGUAUGGGAGUGACUUAAGCGCUGUGGCAAAGGUGUUGGAGUAUGCGACUCCGGAUACAAUAUUAGAGAGUGUGCUUGGUCUGGAAGCGCCUCUGUAACCAGCCUAUUGGUUAUUGCUGAGCAGAUGACGAUUCCUAACGCCCAGCGACAAUCAUAUAUCAGUGCUAUGUCCAAUAUCCACGAUGCUGUCUAUGCCAAUGACUAUUCGCCGUGGCCGACAC